UUCAAUACCGACAUUCAGACAGAGUCCUUUGGACAGAACUACCCAGAGGAGGCGGAUGGAACUCUGGACUGUAUCAGCAUGGCCCUCACCUGUACCUUUAACAGAUGGGGUACCUUGCUCGCUGUGGGGUGUAACGAUGGCCGUAUUGUCAUUUGGGACUUCCUGACGAGGGGUAUUGCCAAAAUCAUCAGUGCACACAUCCAUCCAGUUUGUUCAUUAUGUUGGAGUCGCGAUGGGCAUAAACUAGUCAGUGCGUCAACUGAUAACAUUGUGUCGCUGUGGGAUGUUCUGUCUGGAGAUUGUGAUCAGAGGUUCCGAUUUCCCUCGCCAGUGCUCAAAGUGCAGUUCCAUCCCAGAGAUCAGAACAGGGUCCUUGUCUGCCCAAUGAAAUGUGCUCCAGUGUUAUUAACUCUCUCUGACUCUAAGCACGUGGUUCUACCUGUAGAUGAUGAUUCAGAUCUUAAUGUCGUGGCAUCUUUUGAUCGACGAGGGGAAUAUAUUUACACAGGGAAUGCCAAGGGAAAGAUCUUGGUUCUAAAGACUGAUUCACAAGACCUGGUAGCUUCAUUCAGAGUCACAACAGGCACUAGUAACACCACUGCUAUUAAAUCUAUCGAAUUUGCAAGGAAAGGGAGUUGUUUUCUAAUAAACACGGCAGACAGAAUCAUUCGAGUGUACGAUGGCCGAGAGAUCUUAACAUGUGGGCGUGAGGGGGAACCUGAACCAAUGCAGAAACUGCAGGACUUGGUGAACAGGACUCCCUGGAAGAAGUGUUGUUUCUCCGGUGAUGGGGAGUACAUCUGUGCAGGUUCAGCACGGCAGCAUGCACUCUACAUCUGGGAGAAGAGCAUUGGAAACCUGGUGAAGAUUCUUCAUGGCACCCGGGGAGAGCUGUUGUUGGAUGUAGCAUGGCACCCUGUCCGACCGAUCAUAGCAUCGAUAUCCAGUGGGGUUGUGUCUAUUUGGGCUCAGAACCAAGUGGAAAACUGGAGUGCAUUUGCUCCAGACUUCAAAGAGUUAGACGAGAACGUUGAAUAUGAAGAGAGAGAAUCUGAGUUUGAUAUUGAAGAUGAAGAUAAGAGUGAGCCUGAGCAGACUGGUGGUGAUGCGGCAGAGGAUGAAGAGGUUGAUGUCACAUCUGUUGACCCUAUUGCUGCUUUUUGUAGCAGUGAUGAAGAGUUUGAAGACUGCAAAGCCCUCCUCUACCUCCCAAUAUCUCCAGAAGUGGAGGAUCCUGAAGAGAAUCCUUAUGGACCACCCCCUGAAGCAGUACAGAACCCAGGAACUGAUGACAUGAACAACCCCGAUAAGAAGCGACAGGCAGCCCCUGAUGGGUCACAGCCACCAAAGAAGAAACCCAAGAUGACCAAUAUUGAGCUACAAGGAGUACCGUGCGAUGAAGUUCACCCGUUGCUGGGUGUGAAGGGCGACGGCAAGUCGAAGAAAAAGCAAGCAGGCCGGCCUAAAGGAACGAAAGGUAAAGAGAAAGAUUUCAUUAAAUCGAAAGCCUUCAAAGGGGACAGAGGUCAGUCUUUGGAAGGAGCAGUGAAGGGCAAGGAGCUGGCGGAAGUGGUUGAGCCACCCGCAGGAGGAGGUGUUAUUUCUGACCUGCUGUGAGUGUGGUUGAUGAUAAUUCUUCAAUGAAAUUGUUGCUCUACCUUCAUACUACUUAGUAUGAUGCAGCACCUGGAAGGAAUAUGACUGCCGGUCAGUUUGUUGGCCAAAGAGAAAAGGAACCUUCGUGAACUGCAGGGGUGGAUAGGCCCUUUAUCCCUCCUCGAACUAUGGGCAUUGAAACAUCAGUCAACUGAAGAUCUGUUACAGUUUACCAGGAAAACCGAUGUGUAAUUUCUGUCUUCACAUGUUAGAUAGUGACAUUACUAUUUAUGUGGAACCAUAACAUGCAAGGCACUCAAGGCUGAGAAGGUGAACAAAACUAUCAUCCUCCACUUUUGCUUUUGAAGUAACAAUUGAUGAUUGUCACUUUCAUGUCCUGGGAAGUCAAGGACUGACUGGUCAGCUGCACUGUAAAGUUUCAUAAAAUCCAGUUCCUGAGACUGCAAAUCUCCUGCUCCACCACAUAAUUUUCUUUUAAAAAAGAACUAUUUGUGGUAACCUUGAGAUACCUGGGUGCUUGUAUAUCUUUUGUACUGGUUUGUUGUAUGAUUAGCUGGCAGUGAAUGGCUGAAUAUUGUAGAUUUUACUUUUUUUUAAUUCAUUUGUCUAUGAACUGGACUGCUCAUAUUGUUUUGGGCUGUGAUUGAUACCUUUAUUGAAGCGAAGGUUGACAGUUGCUUUUUCUUUGUACUUUUCUCUUGCUCUGAUUUUUCAAUGUAUAGCACUUCAGCUCAGCUGUUGUACAGUGUAAUCUUCCCCAUCUGUACCAACUGGCCGCAUCCAAUGAUUGCACUGUCGCAAAUCACCACCCCUUCUCAUGUUGAGGAACCUUAGAGACCUGAAAUUCCCUAGGCUUUCUGCUGGUGUAGGAGGCUAGUAGAAGAUUCUUAUGUGGCUAUACUACCAGUCUAAGUGAGGAUCUGGCAUUAGAAUGGGUACUCAGUCCAUCAACUGGUGAGAGCUGGACUGGCAUCCCAAAGGAUACCUGCUUCCAACCAGUAGAGUCAUUGUCAGGCGCAGCACCUACAGCCUCAGAGCCUGAUCCCAGCAGCACCGAGAUUGAAGGCUAUGAAGGCAUGGGAUAGAUCAUUCCCUGAAAUGGGCCCAUUCUGAGAUGGGCGUCUCUUGCUACUUUUGAAAACUGUGGACCAGUCUGGUCAGGACAGCGAUGUCAGAGUUUCAGCUGGAAUAACUUUGAAUGCUCAAAUAGAGAUGCUCAAUCUGCCCGUAAUUACUGUUGUUCACCAUGUGGAGAGGGCAAGAAAACUCAAAAAAAAUUAGAGAUUCAGGAGAUAACGAUGAAGAGGGAAAAUUUGAUGGCAACCUUCAAUUUAAUUUGUUUAUUAUCUGAAAUAAGCUUCUCUAUCAAUUACCUGUUUUGACUAACUCUUAUUUGUUCACUUUUACAAAUAAUGAAGCCCUGUUUUAAAAUUCAGCAACACCAUAGAAGACUUUUGAUGGCUUGGUCAGUACCGUGUGCCACAGCUAACAAGUGGGUAUGGUUGUAUUCAUGGAAGAAGCUUCUCAUCUCCACUCCAUACACUCUCACAAUCCAAAAAUGUCCCCUCUGUCUCACACACAUGUACAGACAUGCACAUGCAGCAUGUCCUAACCUUUAGUCUGUACACGUGUAUUCAAAACCCUAAAAUGUGAGCCUUCCCGUGCACUUGAACUGUGUAUCACCUGAUAACGAAUACUAAAGUUUAAACCCCAUGCACACAAUGGGAGACCCACUAAAUGGAAAAAUCCAAAGCUCCCAUUCAAGCAGAGAAAUGAUGUUUUGUUUUAAAGCUGCAUGAUUAUUUUCCAGUCAGUGUCUCUACAUUUUCUCGAUGCUACACAAGUGCUUCCCCAACCGCAUCACCUCCCACCCAAGUGUAUCUUGUUACCUUGCUUCAGCUUUUCCUUUCAGUAUUAUUGAUGGUCAUUUGGAGCAGCUUGGCCCGAGAGAAUGUGCUCAUUGUAAAAGGUAGCAUUCACAACUGCAUGUGUAAAAUACUGCACAUGGUGACACAGGUUACACAACAGCCUGAGUGAAAGUAUGAGCCAUAGACAAGUUUUGGUACAGAGGGAAGCCGUUCAGCCCAUUGUCAUUGUGUGGCACAGGAUUCUGCAACAUGACAAUGCUUCGAAAAUCAAUAAGGUUCUCUUAUCCACAUUGAGCUGUGCAAGGAAUAAGUUGUGAUUUUAUUUCCGUAGUGCAUUUUCUGUGUGAUGCUGCUGCAAAAUUUCAGUCCUCCAUUUCUAUUGGCUACUGUGAAUUAAUUUCUUUUCAAUAUCGACUGACUACCAUCACCAGGGAGGAAAUAGGAUCAAACUUAGUAAUCAUUGACUUUUUAAGGGGAAAAAAAGAGUUACAAUUGAACACAUGACCUUUAAUUCAAACCGAAUUAGUAAUGUGGUAUUCGCAGCAGAGAAAUUAGCCCAUUUGGCCCCAAAGGUGCAUUACUGGGGUUUAUGGUUUGCAGAAACUUCCUCCCUCCCCUUUUCAUCCAACCCUAUUUGCAAAAUCUGUUACUGUUUUUUUCCUUCAUGUGUUUAUCUAGCUUCCCUUUAGCAUCUACGCAGUUAGCCUCAGCCACUCUUUGAGGUGGCAGAUUUCAUAUUCUGACAUCAUUGUGCUAUCCUUAUUUCUGUAAACCUGCUUUAAUGGGGAGAUGGUUGGUCGCGGGUGGGGGGCAGGGGGGGCGGUGGAUGCGGUUGAUGGAUCUAGACCUAAGGACUAGUAUAUUACAGCUCAUUUAGUUCUUCCUGCUCCAUAGCAGUAGGCACAUUAAAGAGUCUCUUGCAAUUUUUCAGUGUGGCUAUCCACUUGUUUGCAGUUUUUAUGGUUUUAAGUGGUCCCUCUUUUGAGCCUGGGGGUUUCUGUUUGACCCAGGAGAAAGUUUGACAAUUAGCUGAUGAUAUGAGGAGAGAGACAAUAAGGUGUUUGUGGAAAGAACACUGUCAGAUGUCCAUUAUGUUUAAUUAUGAACCUUUUGAUGAUGAAGGGGAAACUAGAAUUUCACAUUGUUCUGUAUCUCGACCAUUCUGAAGUUGGACAAUUUGCCUUCUCCUGGAGCACUGUAAUCUGACCCAGCUGAUGCAUGGCUCUUAUGCUGGUGAGAAAUGCCUUUCGUGUUUGCCCCAGUAGCCACUGGUCAUGCUAAUAACAGACCUCUGUUAUCGUUAAACGACCUCUUCCGUUUGGGGUUCGGCUGUUUUGUAAUGAUCCCUUUUUUAAUGUUGAUAGAACAAUACUUGCUCAAUCCUCUACUGCAUUUAAAUUGGCCAGAUCAUGAAUGCAAGGAAUGUGUAGAUGACUUGUGCAUUGAGGUGACCUGAUAUUUGGUAACCAAUAUUGUUGUACAGAACAUAAAUGCAAGGAUGGUUUGAGCAACUGUGUAUACAUUUUCUGAAUUUCUGUAAAUAAUAAACAUUAACCUGGUUUUAA